CUCCCACACAUAAACACGACACGAUGUCGCAUCCUGCCACGACGCGGCGUCGUUUCACGAUACGACGUCGCGUCGCGUAAAUUCACGACGCGACAUCGUUACGUGUCGAUACACGAUACGACGUCGUGACGUAGAAACUCACGAUGCAAUCCUGCGCAGUUGAUAUACGAAAUUCAAAGAUGACGGAUGUUAUUGAAGUAGAUCAUUUAAUAACCCUAGUCGAGCAGCGUCCCGUACUAUGGGACAAAACAUCUGAAGAAUACAAGAAUAAAUAUACAAAAACAACUGCAUGGAAAGAGGUGUGCGAAAAUUUAUAUCCUGGUUUUCAAGAAUUAAGUAAUGAAGAAAAAACAAAAUAUGGUAAUUCUGUGAUAAAGAAAUGGACUGGUAUCAAAGAUAACUAUUCCAAGUAUGUAAAAAAACUUAAAGAAGUAACUAAAUCUGGAGCAGGCGCUAACAAACUUAAAGAAUAUCAUUUAUAUAAACAGCUCCUUUUUUUAAAAAGAAACGAUCAAAAUGAAACCGAUGAUAGUAUAAUAGAUCUGGAAACAAACAAACACAAUACACAAAAGGAAAGUCCACGAAGAAAAUUUAAAAAUUCAUCAUUCCCCCAGCCAUCACGAAAAAGGCGAAAUGUCGAUACAUUUGAAGAAGAGAUUAUGGCAAAAUUAGAAGAGCCCGAAAACAGACAUUUAUCUUUUUUUAAAGCUAUAUUACCAUCUUUAAAUAAACUAAGUGAUCAUCAAACAUUAAUUUUCCAAAGUCGGGUCUUACAAGUUUUGACGGAUUUAUACGAACAUUCACAGCAACAUACCUCUAUAAAUUAUUCUCAGAGCAAUUGUGCAUCUUUGUACCAGGGUAACUAUGAAACAAGACCCCAAAGUUGGGAAAAUUCUUACCACAGUGGUUAUCAAACAACCGGAAGUUCGACACAGUCAACCCGAGAAGCAGCACCACCAGCUACCAGGCAAGGUCAAAGCGACGACGAAUCACGUGAACUAAUACCAUCACCCCUAUCGCAUUACGACUUUUCAUAA